AUGUCCGCUCUCCAGAAGUCAAUUUUGAAAUCCAGAUUACCGCCAUCAGCCGUCAAUUUGUCGGCGUUAAAUUCCAGGAUCAGCAAGUCGAGGGGGCCCCAGCGGAAGAGAGAUUACGACCCGGUCCAGUGGAAUCCGUAUUUUGACCACUCCAAGGACGUGCUGGUGGGACAAAACACUUUUCACGUUUAUAUCAAGGGCAGCGAAGGGCCGCUGCUGGUCCUGCUGCACGGUGGUGGUUACAGCGGCUUAACAUGGGCAGAGCUCACGAAAUCGAUCAUGACAAUGGUACUGUGCAGAGUCAUGGCUAUUGAUCUUAGAGGCCAUGGGGAUACCCAUACCACGGAUGACGAGGAUCUGUCUGCAGAUACUCUAGCAUCGGAUGUUGCGGCAGUUAUAGACGAAGUUGCACAUGAUACUCCGAUAAUUCUUGUCGGUCACAGUAUGGGUGGAGCGGUAGCUGUGAGGGCAGCUCCCCUGAUACCGAAUUUGUAUGGAUUGGGAGUUAUAGAUGUUGUAGAAGGCACGGCAAUGGAUGCGUUAGCUUCGAUGCAAAGUUUCCUGAGAUCUCGACCGUCUAGUUUCGGUACCAUAUCUCAGGCUAUAGAAUGGUGUGUUCGUAGUGGACAAAUACGUAAUAUACAAUCGGCGAAGGUCUCGGUGCCCGGGCAGAUAAAGAACAUUGAAACUAGCAAAUUAGCGACUCAUGAUAUUGACUCAUUGCCAGCGCAACACAACGCGUGUGACCCUAAUCCAGAACCGGUUAUACCGCGGGAUGACAUUAUCCAAGAGGAAGAAUCGUCCAGCAUGCCGCCGCCACCUGCGUCUUCCACUGUUUCUACUAAUAGGAAAUACGUCUGGAGGAUAGAUUUGGCAAAGACCGAGCAACAUUGGUUCGGCUGGUUUAAAGGAUUGUCGACGGCGUUCUUGAAUGUUCCGGUACCGAAAAUGUUGUUGCUGGCGGGGGUGGACAGACUAGAUCGCGAACUCACUGUAGGACAGAUGCAAGGUAAAUUCCAAAUGCAAGUAUUGCCCGCUUGCGGGCACGCUGUUCACGAAGAUGUCCCGGAUAAAGUAGCGGAGGCUAUUGCCACGUUCAUGGUCAGACACAAGUUUGCAGAGCCAGCAUCAGAUUUUCCACGGACUUUCCCAGCUUGUUAAGGAAAGAUUAAAGAAAAUGUCAUGUAAUGUAAACUUAAUUGAACAACGUGAGGGGUUUUCUUAAUUAGCCAGUACGAUUAUUUUAUUUAUUUCAAGGAUUAUAAUCACCAAAUAUAUAUAUCAUACAUGUGUAAAUAAAAACACUUAUCGUGCUGAGAAAAAUAAAUUUGUUCUUACAUAUGUACAUUUGU